CACGUUGCCGCAGCAGAGUACAUCACUUUGGCGGCGGCAUCAGUCUACCGCGAGCGAGCAUCGGAUGUGGUCUUGUUCCUCCUCAAGUCAAGUUCGAAAUCGUAACUGGAAUCGCAGAGUUCUAAUAGCAUCACAGUUCAGAACGUACCUCGGGAUAGGUUGGACGGGCGGUAGUAGUUAGUAACGACGUUCGAAACGAGAAUCGCGAUAUUCGGAUCGAUCAUACGAAAACCCAGUUCUUGCGUAAGGAUAGUAGUUACUUGUGUGCACAUGAAAUAUUUUGUGACGUGACGCGACAUUUUUGGUAGAUUAAUCAACGUGGCUCGGCUUGUACCGAACGGCUGACGAGAAGAAGAUUUAUGCGAUCAGUUUGGCUGUUGGUUGUGCGAGCAAAUGUAGGAAAAGUUGUUGAUUGUCUCGAAAAAUAAGCGAAGAUGAAUUGAAUAUAACAGAAGUAAAAUGUUGGUGCUGGCUGUGUCUCCCGAUAAAAGUCGGUGUAAUAUAAGGAAAAAUUUCUGAGUGUUGAUUUUGAGUAAUUAUCAAAGAGCACAAAAGUCAAAGUUUUGAGUGGUGAAGCAGUGACGAACGAAUCUUGCUGUACAUAUUUAUUUUUAGUGAAAAAUGAAGCAUUUUGGUUUCCUCAAACGUUGGUGAUUUUCUCGCAAAAAAAGCAAAAAAACUGUCAGUCAAUCUCGUAGUCUCAUUUUACGUGAAGCAAAAAACAACAAAGGAUUUGGAGGUCGAACUCGGCGGUUUAAGUUUUUUCCUCAAUACUCUACUAGGUAUUCUGCGAAACGGCGGCUUGUGGUAGACCAGAGUAAAAAUAGAACUGCAUUUAGUCCAGAGGCACGGACGAGGACGACGGCGAGCAGGAAAUCUAUGCUCCACAGAGUUGCUGUGGUGAGCAAAGCGAUGCUUCUUGGUAAACAGCAGACUCAACAGCCGCACGUGCUUCUGGAUUGAGCAUCGCAAAAGCCAAACCCAGACUAUUUUUAGCAAUCCUACACUACGAAGAAAUUAGAAGUAGAUCAACUCAAACGAAACCACCAAAUAGGCAGCAAUUAGAUAAUUAAGUCUGUACGCCGGUUCAUUCCGAUAUUAUCUGGAACGGUAAUAGUUCAGCUAUAGUCCAAACAACUCGAAGACCACUCACACAUUCAGGAUGUCGUUCUGUCGCAUCACCGGCAAAUGCCGGUCUCUACCGAAAUCAAACUACUUCCCCAUGCUGCCACCGAUUUCGCCAGCCGAUGCAAAACGAUUCUGUCGCAUAACGGGAAAAUCAUAUGGUCUACCUUCUCAUCAUUUCAUCCCCGUACUGCUUAUCAAAAGUUCGUGCAAGGAGAAAUGCAAGGUGACCAACAUAGCUGGAGAGUUAGAGCCGCAUCACUACUUGCCGGGAAACUAUGGUAACCGAAAACACGUAAUCAUCUGCCAGCUUCGUUACGUUCUACCCAUUCUGGACUCGGAGGAUGAUACGCAGAAAAAUCUUACAAAUAUUCUUGGUCAGAAAAAUAAACCCGUCGAGCAAAGCCUUUACGUGUACAAAGUUGAUGAGCGGAAUUUUGGCCUAGUUUUCCCUGCCCAGAUGGAGGCAGCCGUGCGCGAUGGUGACAUCCGGGAUGUUAUGCUCGCUAAAGAAUCCGACAAACUUCUCAUAAAACUGAAGAAAGGCAAUAGCGUAUCGGUUAGUCUGAAGAGUGUCGAGCAUACCGAGUUGGAAAACCUUUAUGAAGGCGAAGGCCCCCGCGAAGAAGUUAUCAAAAAACGCGAACAAGAAGCAGCCAAACGUCCAAAAUCGACAGGAAAAUCUAACCUGUCGAGUAUAGCCAACAUUUUCGAACAGAAAGAAAAGAUUGAAGAUCAAAAGGAGGAAGAACAGCAACAGUUCAUCGUAGCCCACCGCGAAAAGGCGGUACGUUUAGCCGAGGAACGCCGGCAACGACAGCUAGCAGAAAACCAGAAGGCUCUGAAGUUGAACGAACACUUGAUCGAGCAGGAAAGCGAACUCAGCGAUCUAGUCAAACCGUUGAUCGAAUCCUGGGAUUGGAGCACCCUUGAGAAGGAAGCAUCCGAAAGUAAUUCAACGGCGACAGCGAUCAAAACCCUACCAGAAGCCCUACAAGUCACACCUUUGAAUUUACAACCCACCCAGCUCCAAGUAGACAGUAAAAUCCUCGAAAAAUCUUCAGGCGUAGAAGCGGCCUCCUACGUUGGAACCAUCAACCCCGCAAAGAUCGAAAUCAAAACCGAGCGUAUAAAUGCCCAGAAAUCGCUGCCGGUCGAGAUUCUCGACGCCCUGCUGCACGUCGAAGAGAAACUUUGCACGCGAACGGAUCUGUUCCCGCAUCUGGACGAUCUGGCAUCCGUUGUCAGUCGUCUCCAAGAGUCCGAGUCAGCUGAAGUGGAGAGUAUCCCCGGAGUUAAGCUGGUCGUUAAUCACCAGGAAGUCUUCAUCCCAGGUCAAACGUUGACCAUCAACAACAAAGCAACAUUCGUUCCCGGUCAAACGAUCGAGACAGAAAACGGAAUGCUGGAGUUCAUUCCGGGAGUAACGAUCACUGCCCACGACGGAACUAUCAAGUUCAUACCGGGCGAAAUCAGUCUUACGAAAGCGGGAAAACCGCAAAACUUUAUCGCUGGUAAGGUUAUUGAAGGCAAGUUUGUCUGCGGUCAGGUACUGACCAUUAACGAGAAACCUCAGUUCGUGCAAGGUCAGACGAUCGUCACCCCCGAAGGGGUUACCAAAUUUGUCGCUGGAAUUGUUGAUAACGCUUCAGGAACGUUCAUCCCCGGACAAAACAUUGAGACUCCGGAGGGAAUCAAGUUUAUUCCAGGACAAACAAUCACUGUUAGCGAAAAGGAGAAAUUCAUUCCCGGUCAGACAGUUUUAAAUGGGAAGAAAGAAAUGGUGUUCGUUCCCGGUCAAGCUGUGCUCGAUGAGCAGGGAGUAGCCAAGUUCGUUUCUGGUAAAACAAUUAUCACGGCGGAAGGUGCCAAGUUCGUCCCAGGGCAGUACGUAGACGAUACGUUCGUUCCAGGAAUCUCCGAUGGGGAAAAGUUCGUGCCGGGGCUAAAUAUAGAAACGAAGGAAGGCUCCAAAUUCGUCCAAGGCCAGAUUGUUCAUACCAAACAUGGCGAUGUCUUCAUGCCCGGAUCAACAACGGUGAACGAGAACGGCGAGGUACGAUUUGAAAUUGCAUCAACGAUCGACGCUGUCCAGUUCAGUGAAGCCACUCCCGUAGCUAUGGUGAUGGACAGUGACAACAUGAAGAUAACCGAGCCUACUUUGUGUGCUUUUGGACACAUGGUGCAACACGAAACCGGGGUUGAGUUCUAUCCGGAGAAAAUAAAGAAAGAGCAACUUCCGCAAGGCAAGAUCGUUCCAGGAAAGCUAAUCAAGCAGCAAGCUCAGACAAAGUUUGUCCCUGGAAUCAACGUGGAGGAUGGCUUCAUUCCAGGUCAACUGGUAAUGACCGAUCAUGGUGAACAAUUCGUACCUGGUCAGGUGAUCGAAACUUCCGAGGGAUUGAAAUUUGUUCCCGGUCAGAUAAUCGAAACUAAGAACGGAUCAAAAUUCGUUCCAGGUCAAACAAUGCAGACCUCCGAUGGUCCCCGGUUCGUUCCGGGGCAGAUCAUAAAUACCAAAGCUGGCCCAACGUUCAUUCCAGGUCAGGUAAUAUGUACCGACGAUGACGGGGAGAAAUUCGUUCCCGGACAGAUCGUUGAUACGGAGGAUGGUCCACGGUUCGUACCGGGACGUGUAGUGGAAACGGAAAACAAAGUUACUUUUAUUCCGGGAAGAAUUGUUCAGACAGCCGAUGGACCCAAGUUCGUUGCUCCCGACCUGAAGGACACCGACGAUGGAGAUGAAGAGUUCCUGGUACAAAGUUUCACCGUGACACCGGAAGAGCUGAAACUGCUGAAACCCAAUCAAAACAUGUCUACACUGGAGCCAGCAGAGAGUUCGCUGAUCGUUACAUUGGACAGUUCAAUGCUACAGCAGUUGUCCGAAGCGGGAAUGCAUGUCGGACGGCAGGUGGAGGCAUCGGCAGUUGACUACGUACUUCAAAGUACCAAAGAAAGAAAAGCUUUGCAAAGGUUCGUUGUGGAACUGAACAUCGAAGCUGGAAGAAUGGAUGUUUUGGAGAGUAUAUUUGAUGGCCUGAAGAGUGUUUGUACACGAGUCAACUUGGAAUCCUUGCAGUACGGUAUCGACGAUGAUAUAAGUGUGGACGCUUCCGCUUGCAACGGUUCGAUUGGAGUUGUGGAAGCCCUUGCAACCAAUUUGGUCACUAUUCUAUCGAACACAAAUGAAACCGAGAAUAGAAACAUGUAUGAAGUGAUUGCGGAAGCAAUCAAAAUGGCGGAUGGCGAAUACAGUAUCGAAGAGCUACAGCACGUAAUGGAUACUCCUGCCGCAACGGAUUACCUGGCUAGUGUGCUGAAAAAGACUAUUGUCAAGAAAAACAUAGAUCAGAAAUUGAAAUCGAUAACCGCGUUAGUCGGUGAAGAGAUCAACGGAGAAGAGGUUGCAGUAGUGGCACCGAAAGGAGCGAUCGAAGAAUUCUGUCAACUGAUGAACAACGAUCGAAUGUCGGAAGCCUUCGUGAAUCUACUAAAGAAGGACGAGAAUCUGUUCAAAUCCAUAGUAAGUAGUUUGAAAACCUCAGGCGUAGUCGAGGACAGUGUCAAUAUAUCCGAUAUCUUGCAAGCAGCUGUAGUUGACAGUAUUCAAGAUAAGGCACAGACUGCCAUGGUCGAACUACUGAAUGAUGCCAGCCGAGAUCAGUUAACUGCCCUGUUGAAGAAGUCGGAAGGUCUCGCUUUGGCACUCGGAAACAGCAAGGAAGCUGAAACAUUCGAAUAUUUGAUAAGACAUCCGGAAGCACUGAAAGAUCUAAACAAAGAAGACGAACUAUUCACCAUCAUCAAUCGAGUGUUGAUUAUGGAAGAACUGGCGGAGGAUGACGACGAAUGCCGAGAACUGAUUGACAGUUUGGAGAAAACUCCAUCACACGCUACAAAAAGUGACAAACUUCGUGAAUUGAUUCGCCAAAGCGGAGCGCUUACUUUCGCACCGGUCAAAAAGCAGCUUAUCGAAACGUCUAAGGAUGUACCGAUUUCUUUGUUCUACACUAACAACCGACUUGCUAUCGACGAGUUCUUCCUCAAGAGCGGUCAAGUGCAGCGACACAGCCCGAAGGCAUUCCUGAUUAUCAAGAAAGGAAUCCAAGCGGUUAUUCCACGAGAAUCUAGCCAUGAAGUACUUGCCGGAAAGAUCGCCUACACGGUGCUGGACGAAAAAGGAAUUCGUCACUUCCAGCCGAUGAAUGUUCUGAACGCGUUGAAAAUAGUGCCACGAUUCCUGCAUCGCUUUUCGAUGUACACUUGUGAUAUCCGUGAGGAACCGGACAACGAUACGCUUAGCAGUAGCAGUAGCCACGAUGGGGACUUUGAGGACUACAGCUACACUUACCGACCCCUGUCCAGGCGGGGUUCCAUGUACAGCAAUACGACGGCAACCAAUGGCUAUGCCAACAGGAGAGGGGACAGACUGGAUUAUUAUUCGCCGGUGCCAUCGCGCCGUAAGCAGCUGAAAAACGGCUAUAAUCAUAAUCAUCUUCAUCAUCAGGAUAGCUUCAAGACCCUCCCGAUGGCCAUGCGGAUAGCGAUCAAGGCCUCACUCUCGCGAGAAGCACCGAUCAUCAAAUCCUCCAGCCGGGAUUACCUACACCGGUCGUCGUCGAUAAGCAGACUAAAGUGAAUACAUGCACUGACGUUUGUUUGGCUGUAGAUAGAAAUAGAAACAUAACUGUGUAUUCAAUGUUUUAUAGUCAUGUAAUGGAGACUACAGAGAGGUUCAUAAUUUGAAACGAAGCCGAUACUGGAAGGAUUGAUUCGAAUAGCGAACUUUGGUGAAAGGAAGUGUGAUAAAUUACUAGUAGCUUAUACAUAUUGUAAA